AACAUCUCCACUAUUUUCUAUGGGGUUGGUGGGCGAUGACCCAUUUUCUAAAACAUUAGACCAAAACGUAAGAUUUUUCAAAUUAUGUAACAUCUACUUUAUCAAAAAAUUCUUGAAGAUUUUCUUGAACCAACCCAUAAGUUCAACUUGAAUUAGUUCAACUACUCUAAAAAAAAAUACCCUCAAAUUGCACAAUAUCCCCAGCCAGUCAACAUUAAAUUUGGUACUACAUUUGAUCAAGAAGCCAAAAAUGGCAAUCCAAAAUCAAAUUCCACUUCUCAUCACUCUUGCUUCAACCAUUGCCUUUUGUGCUCAAGCCCAAAACGGCGAUCAAGCCACGUGGGCCAAGCGAGUUGACUCGGGCGAUCAAGUGGUGACGACUCUCCAAUUCUAUUUCCACGACAAACUCAGCGGCCAAAACCCGAGCGCGAUCGAGAUAGCUCGACCGUUGCAGGGCGGCGCCGCCCUCCCCGGUCAAUUCGGCAAGCUCUUGAUGAUCGACGACGCGUUGACCGUGGGGCCCGACCCCUCGUCCAAGCUCGUGGGCCGGGCCCGGGGGCUGUACGGCUCGGCCGCGCAGGCCGAGCUGAACUUGAUCAUGGCCCUUAGCUAUGUUUUCACCGACGGAAUAUACGACGGCAGCUCCUUGAGCCUUCUUAGCAUCAAUUCCGCGUUGAAUUCGCCGCGGGAGAUGUCGGUGGUGGGCGGGACCGGGCUUUUCCGGCUGGCCCGGGGCUACGCCGUCGCGCAAACCUACUCGGCCGAUGCUAGCGGGGAUGCCAUUGUUGGGUACAAUGUCACGGUUGCUACCAAUAUAUGAGAGAGUGUUAGGUUUUAUUCGGUUCGGUUUCUCUGUUUUAUUUUUGAAAAAGAUAAUUCGAUCAAUUAGUGUUACAUGUCUCAAAAGAAUUGAACUAGGAUAUAGUUCAUUAGUUUGUUUUCUGUUUUAAUUUCGAAGGAAUACACACUAAUGUUGUCACUAGUGAAGGGUCCUUUUUACUUUUGAUGAAUUGAGUUUAUGGAUGACUUUGCAUCGCA